AUGGGUUCGGUUGUUGAUAAUGUGGCGGGUUGGUGUCUGGUGGAAAUUGUCACUCCGUUCGCUAAGAACAUAAGCGAAGAACCUUUUAGUGUGUUGAAGAAACGUGUGUUAACCUCGCGUAUGUCUUUACCGAUGGAUUCGACGGUGAAUAGCACUGGGUCGGAUGCAAGUGUUGACUACCGGAAGAAGCGUAUCAAGAAUGUGCAGAAGGUGGAACUGGUGCGUUUGAUGAAGGCAAACUUCCUGUUCAUCCGGGGCAAACAUGCCGUGGCGCGCAGUGACAAGAGUCGUGCAGAUGUAUGGAAGUCAAUUACCGGCCGGUUAAACAGUUUAGGUCCGCCGAUACAGUCGACCGAAGCAUGGCAGAGACGUUGGAACGAUAUGCGAUCGGCGACCAAGAGCAAGAUGUCAAAGAUCCAGAACUAUGUCCGCGAGCAUGGCGAAGAUUGUCCGUACAAGCUGAACCUGGUGGAGCGCCUCAUCUGGGACACGUUUAGUGUGAAGCCGGAGGAGUACAUGAAGGACUUGAACAUGAAGUUGUGGCGCGAGAAGCAGCAAGCAACUUGUGGGGCAACUAGCGGACAGUACCAACCUGCGGUUGACAGUGUUGUGUCUCCCUGUUCGUCCGAAAUGUCGACCGAACAGAGUUUUGACAUGGGGUGGAAUCAGCCAGGAGCGACAAGUCACAACACCGGAGAGAACAUCGCGCCGUCCUUCGGAUCCAUGAGUCGGGAAAGCAGUGCACUGGAGUAUGCUAAUCAAACGGUUGGAACGUUUUCUGCAAUGUCCGGCUGUAAUCCGCCGGACCAGCACUAUGAAGCUCAACCAGCGACGAACAUGAGUUAUCAAGGAUAUCCCAACACGGCUACGAAUCAGUGGUCCAUUCCGGGAUCAUCCGAAGAUGCCUUUCAUCAACAGACAAAGAUGAAUUCACCGUCGGAUGCAGUGCCCGGAAGUAAGAUGUUGUUGGAGCUACACAAACUGUUCGAGGUGUUGCUGAAACAGAACGAAGAAAUACUCAUCCUACUGAGACAGUCGGGCAGUGAUAACACAGCUAUACGAUCAGGCUAUUCUUUCUGA